GAUUAUAUGAAAGGAAGGAAACUCUGGGGAAUUAAUGCCAUUUGCUUUUUCUAGUAGGAAUCCCCACUCAACUAUACUCACUGUUCUAUAUCUUUUACUGUUUCUUCCAGAGACAGGGGAGAGAUCAAGCAGCCCACACACUGUGCAGUGUGUGCGGAGGGGUGAUGCCUCGAGAACGCAUCACCGGACGACAAAAACCCACUGCAAGACGCAGUGCCAGAAUAGAGCUGCUUUGGCUCGAGAGCUGGUUUAUUAUAGUUUCUAGGGAAAGCGGAUGGAUCGUCCCUACGAAUCCCCAAACAUAGUUCUUAUCAUGUCGGAAUCCUCCUGAUCAUUUUUGCUUGCGUACAGGGACCAUGUAGUGGAGAGAAAAAGGGGAUCUCCACCGGUGGAGAGAUCUGGGGAUGCAUGGACACGGUUAUGGGUGAUUAAUGCAAUUUUGCAGCUGCAAAACAAGACUGGAUAUGCACACAAAAAGUGGGAAUAAGUGAGUUUCGUGGCACACAGGAUGGACACUGCAGAGGUAAUUCUCUCUGUGUUGGUGGUUGUGAUUAUUAUAGUGUCGUUGCUGUCCAACGUCCUGGUGCUGAUCUGCUUUCUGUACAACCCAGAGAUCCGCAAGCAGGUCCCAGGUCUGUUCAACCUCAACCUCACCUUCUGCAACUUGUUGCUGACUGUGUCCAACAUGCCGCUCACUUUGGUGGGACUUAUCAGUAAUGCUCAGCCGGGAGGAGACAGAUUUUGCCAGAUCGUGGGCUUCCUGGAGACCUUCCUGUCCACCAACUCAAUGCUGAGCAUGGCAGCUCUUAGCAUCGACAGGUGGAUCGCGGUGGUGUUCCCCCUGAGGUACCACUCCAAAAUGCGCCAUAAAGAUGCGGCUUUUGUGCUCGGGUACACGUGGGCACACUCCAUGUCCUUCUCCACGGUGGCCACCUGCCUCUCCUGGGUGGGAUACCACCGGCUUUACGCGUCCUGCACCCUGUCCAACUCGAGUGCGAGCAGUCCGACCCAGUUUGUUAUCUUCACCGUCUUCUUUCACUCCUUCACCUUUCUCCUGUCUUUUAUAGUGCUGUGUGUCACAUACCUCAAGGUGCUUAAAGUGGCAAGGUUUCAUUGUAAGAGGAUCGACGUUAUUACAAUGCAAACUUUGGUGCUGCUGGUGGAUAUACACCCGAGUGUUCGCCAGCGUUGCCUGGAGGAGCAGAAGAGGCGACGACAGAGAGCAACAAGGAAGAUCAGCACCUUCAUCGGCACCUUCAUGCUCUGUUUCGCUCCUUAUGUGAUCACAAGGAUCGUGGAGUUAUUUCCAGCGGUGCCUAUCAACCCCCACUGGGGAAUUGUCUCCAAGUGCUUAACUUACAGCAAGGCAGCCUGCGACCCCUUCGUGUACUCACUGCUCCGACACCAGUACAAGAAGACAUGCACUGACAUCAUCAACAGGCUGCUGAAGCGUAGCUCCUUGAACACGUCCGGGCGCAGGCAUGAGAACCAAGGCAACAACAUACCGACGGCAGAAUGACAGGGAGGGGACUGAUGGAAUACAGGAUGUGGUUGACCAGGCAACUGUCAGUAAAAUAUGAAGCUGAUUUAUCGUUGACAAAGAAGAGAACAAAUAUUGGUUGUUCCUGUCCAUGUCUCCUUGAAUUUGGUCUGGCAUGCCCAAAAAAGAAAAAAGUCACUACAGACAAGGGCACAUCGCUGCACAGGAAUACCACUGUGCUUGCAUACUGAGUGCCCAGAACAACAGAUCAGUGCAGUGAACUUGUUGUGAGGACAAUAACCAACGGCAGAUUUCGCAUCCACCUGGAGAGACAGAUGUGCUCAGCCAAGAAGAAAUGCCAGUUCAUAGCGUCAUUAUUUUAACUAGGUUAACUUUGAGUCUGAUAGGAUAUUUAUUUUGAAUUUUUGUCUGUUGACAUUUCUGUAGUAUAUAUUUACAUUAUCUUGUUAAAAAAGGAUAAGGAACGGCUGUAUGUCUGUUUUAGUCUGUGUAAAGAGACAAGUUGAUAUGUCCACACUGUUUGUAGCACUGAAAACUAGCCUAACCAAAACUUGAUACAAAACCAAAUCCCCUAAUUGUCAUACAGAUGAAAACAUCCAGCAGACAGUGCCGCUGCAGAAUUCGGCUCAGGUUAUUUCAGACUUGAUGGGGUAAAACACUCUCCCAAUUAAAAAGAUUUUAGGGUCCUUUUAUUUUUGUAGUAAAUUGCCUUGUAGUGUAAAUGCCAGCGAAAAAAGAAGAUUAUGUGUUUUUUGUGUUUCAUGUGUGUAAACACAUUGCCUUCAUUUGUGCUUUCAGCACCCAUUUUGAAGGACAUACUGACCCAGUCAAGCAGUGUUUUAAUGGGUAAAAUGGGCCUUCAAGCUGGCCACCUUUGCUGUCAUGACUGACAUAUGCCCCUUGGGUUGUUUAGCCAAGUAGAGUGUGAUUGACUGUACUUUACUGGGGUUUGCACUUAUAGAAUGGAGUAAGACAGUGCUUUAUGCUUUCUCACACAUUUGGGCAAGAUGGACAGGAAAGAACAAUGUACAUGAUAGCUUUAUUUUCCUGUACUUAUCAGAGUGAUUACAUGUAAACUAAUGACAUCAUGUGCUAUUUGCAAAUGCAAACAAUUCUUGAAACAAAGCAGCUCUGAAAGCAGAAAUAAUCUUUUUAAAGAAAUAGUCUCAGCUUUAUGUUUCUAAACAUCUAAUGCACACUGAAUGUGAAACAUUGAUAUUUCUGACAGCAUCUUGAAGGCACCACCAAAUAUUUAUUUAGCUAACAAUUUAUUAAACAUGCUAAAACUAGUUAAAUGCUAGUCAGACCCAAUUAAUCAAGAGAAUUUGCUUGUUUUUGGGCCCUAAACUAUGAUCAUCAUCAUGAGCAUUUAGGCUAUACAUACUAUAGGAUGAUAUGACUACUAUGAAUGUGGAGAGUCAGUUACGAUAACUAUCUUAGAUUUCCUCAGUAUGGCUAGAUUACAAUAUUUAAAAUAUUAGUGCAAGGAUUAGAUUUUAUAAUAUUAACCGUCUCUGAUCCAAUAGUUUCUACCUCAAGAGGUGACUCGUGACUUUUCAAUGUGGUAGGACAUGUCUCAAACU